UCAAUUUGCACGAUUAGAUGAAAUUGAAACAUGAGAUGAUUUCAAAACCAAAACGGAUAGAAUAUUCGAAAGAUCACGAUGUCAAGAAUUAUUCAGAAAUGGAUAUUCAUUUGUGGAAUGAUAGUACUUCGACAUGACUACAGCUAUUGUUCGGUACCAAAACCAAGGAAUCCAGAUGUACAAAAUAAAACAAAAAGUAUAAUUCCUGAAAAUUAUAUUAAAGAAAUUAGACCUCCUACCAUGCAGGGUCAGCCUAUACAAGUAGACUUCAGUAUGAGAGUUGUGGAUAUAAAUUCAAUAAAUGUGGAAGAUAUGGAUUUCAGAAUGGACAUGUUCAUAAAACAGGAAUGGCAAGACGCUAGAAUUAAAAUUCCUGAAGAAAUGUUUGAGUACGGUGAUGAUUCCAUCACUCUACCAUCACAAUUUUUUGAAAAUUUAUGGCAGCCUGAUUUGUAUUUUUUGAACUCCAAAGUUAUAGAGAUCGCCACAUUGACUCACAAGUUUUCAUCUGUUACAUUGUUCAAAAACAAAACCAUCAGAUAUGCCGCAAGGAUGCAUGCCAUAGUAGCUUGUCAGAUGGAGUUCCAGAACUAUCCCAUGGAUACGCAGGUGUGCCCCAUAAACGUAGAAAGCUUUUCAUAUAACAACAAUAAAAUGCUGUUGAAAUGGUCUGGAGCUGGAGUUACCCUAAGUCCGGAGUUGAAACUACUGCAGUAUAAUAUUCUUCCUUUGCUUCUAGAUGAAUCAUUUGCCUAUACGAUGGAAAAGAAUGGAAAUUUCUCCAGAUUGACGGUUCAGUUUCGGUUCGAAAGACAAAUUGGUCAUCAUUUAAUUCAGACAUUUGCCCCUUCAACUUUGGUGGUUGUAUUAUCUUGGUUCAGUUUCUGGUUAGAUUUGGAUGCAAUACCAGCUAGAGUAACCCUUUUAGUCACAUGUUUAUUAACUUUGGUCACAAUGUUUACUGGACUGAGAUCCGAUAUUCCGGCAGUUGCCUAUGUGAAGGCUCUAGAUUUGUGGAUGGCAGGUUGCAUGAUAUCAGUUUUUGCAUCAUUGGGAGAAUUUGUUAUCGUUAAAGUUAUACACGGAAAAUAUAAUAUUCUCAAAAAGAAACAAGCACAAAUGUGUGAGAAAACAAACUCUAGUGAAUGGAUCUGCACCCCCUCGCCUGAAUACAAACGUCAUUCUGGUUAUGGAAAGGUCACAGCGGACACAUUCAUCCCACUCCAUUGGAAAACGGAGAAAGGAAAAGAAAAGAUAAUGUGGAAAGAAGUGGAUCGUGUGUCCAGAAUAGUGUUUCCUACGUUUUUCUUCAUUUUUUGUGUUAUGUACUGGAUUAUUCUGAUAUUUGGUAGUGGUGUAUGAAAAUAAAUUCCUCUCUUAUCUUU